UGAACUCUCCGCCGUACAUCAUCAUCAAGUCCCGAGUCGAAGUUCGUAUGAGUUUCUUUCUGGCUGCCUGCAUUUUGACAUACAGCAUCUUCCCCAGGCAUGGAAUGGCGGCAGCGGACCAGGAACUAAAACUUGCCUGGUCUAGUUUGCUGCACUGUCUGACAUAAUCCUUGCUGGGGUUUUCGGAGCCCGGCAUAAGUUUUGAUGAGCUGAAUCGAAGAACAACCUGCUCUGCUCAGGACCAAAUCCGCUCAAAAUACUUCAAACCUUGAGGUUGUUCCGCCUGGCAGCAGAUAGCCGAAGUGUGGUGAGAGCAGUUGACAACCACGAAGCGCGAUUUGCGCGUGGUUGGAGGUGCAGUGGAAGUCGAAGUGUUGCAAGUAUGGACGAAUGGGCCUAAAUUAGGUUGUACAGCUGGUUGUCAUGGCUACCCCACUGUUCAGUCCCAGCUUCGUGCUCCUGUUCUCAAUCGCUUUGUCGUUGCCAACGGUAACCAAGCAGGAGAACAGUGAUGACUGUGGCGAGAAUGGGCUGUGCCCGCUGAUACCAAACUCCACCAAUAUACACGGACAUCUGAUUUACUCAAGUCGAGCGGUUGGCGGCACAGCAACUCUCGCGUGCCAGGAUGGCUUUCGACCGGCGCAAGGCUCUACAUUCGUCUGCACCAGGCAAGCCGCGGGCACGCGUGAAGGCGCGAGCUGCCUGUGGACGGGAGCUAGGUUUGCAUGCAACGUAAUCGCCGCCUACUGCCCUAUGCUGGAUAUACCGCAAGGAUCCGUAUCUAGCCAGGAUGCUAGCGUCGGCAGUGUGGUGCGUGUGGACUGCGAUGCAGGCUACCAACGCUCUGGCGCUCUGUAUCUCACCUGCAACGCUGUCACUGCCGAGGCUGGGCGAUGGAGUUCAAACGAAACCAUCUGCUCCGAGAUCGACGACGUCGUCGUGCCGAGGAUCAGCGGUGUGAAGCUGGCCUACGUAGCUGUCCCCACGGCAACCUGCUCCUUUCUCAUCAUGCUGGCAUUUGCGCACUACUUACACCGGAGGAAACGAAAAUGGAGAAGAAGUAGAAAGGGCAAGAGAACCAGUAUACAGUGUAGCAAGAGUGAAGACAGCGCUCCUGUCCUGGACAGUUUGACAGGCAAGCACGAGCCGCCGCUCUUCAUCAUUGCGACGGAAAGCGAAGAGGAAGAAGAGCCGUGUGUUGUUCGCAACAAACGUCACCUGCAGCAGCAGCAGCACACGAUGGCCAACAGGAGCCACAGCAUGGAGACAUCGGCCGUUCCUCAGUGGGAGGCGCGGGCCACCAUCAUGAAAGACGAGACGGACUCGUUCACGGCGUCGUCUAGCGAUGCGGCUCACGCCUCCUCGGCGGCCGGGUACAUCAGCUCCGAUGAAAUCUCCUCUCUGGAACUGAUGUCGCUACGCUCGUCCGUUUUCAGUAUGGCCGAUCCCAGUAGCCGCGUCGCGCAUGCCUGUAGUCCCAUGCAGAUGCGGAAGCGUGGCGGUGGUCGUGACUACGCCGUCCUGGUCAGGGCCAAUCACAGCAACGACACAGACGACGAAAUGCUAGGUGCUGGUGCGGUCGGGGCCGGUGGUGACGAGCGUAGAAUCUCCGUGCAUAACCUGCCGCUGAGCAGACUGAGCGAAGGUGAGGUAGAUGACGACAACAUUGCGAGUCAGCAAUCGAGCCGUCCAUCGUAUCUCGCACUCCAUCAGCAACAUCUGAACGGCAAGAUUGGCGGCAACGGCGCCCAUGUUACCGAUGAAGCAGUGGCGGCGGCAGAGGCGACAAGACUGACGCCAGUGCACAAUCCCGUCCACAGUCCUGGUCGGGGACGACGCAAGAGCGCCGACACGAUACUGAGCUGCGUAUCGACACGGUCACAACGCCGCUCCUCCCUGCACCCGCGUGUUAACCCAAGCACCAGCGAGGACGAGGAGCAAGGCGGCAGGAACUACCAGCAACCCUUCAACUCCAUUUCAGUCCACGACAUCCUCGACGGCCGCUUGUCGAAGGAGCAGGCAACUAGCGAGGAGAGCCCUGCUUGUUCGCUGUCGAAGAGUGCCGGAGACUUGCUGAACGUAAACGAGUCGAAAUUCAGCGCGCCCGUGGACCGAACAGGAGAUGACCCGUACCAGCAGCCAUUCGCGAUGUUUGGUACGUACCGCAACUCGCACAGUGACGGCAAUGUAUCGUACGAACCUCGCAGAUCCCUUCCCAGCAUGCUGGUAAAGGCCGGGGCACCGGCAGUGAAUCCAGCGGCUGUGACGACUCCAACCGGGACAAUUGAUGAUGGAGGGCCUGAGCAGGAGGACCCGUAUCAGGAACCGUUCAACACGCUGAACAUUAGCCGUUCCGGCAGCCAGCAGUACUCUCGCCACACGAGCAGCAGCAGCAAUGACUCGCGCUGUCAGCCGCUUCACCAGCCACCGAGGCACCGGAGAGGUGGCAGGGGCAAAGGGGGGCAGGGACUUCACAGCAGUCGCACCGACAGCCUCUCCAAGAGCACCGGGGAUCUGGUUCGUUGCGCCAGCGCUCGCGCUCGCGUCAACUUUGACGUGGUUCACACCCCAGCGUUGUCCCAGUCUCGUUCCGCGGUGAGCGUGUCUCGCAAACUGCUUUCUCCGACAACCUCCAAGCAACGGUUGCCCAUGCCGCCACCACCCUUGCCCAGUCAAUUGUCCUUGGGUCCCUUCGACGCAGCAGCGGCACUAGCAGCGCCGGUGAUCCUGCGCUCUGACGCUCAAUCUCCGCCGAACGCCGACACCGGUGAGGUCGUGGGACACAAUGGUUCAGCAGAGGGCGCGUUGCAGUUCCCCCGUGUGUUCAGCACUCAAGAGGGUCGCAGCCAGACACCGACGACCGCGGCGAUAGGGAAUUCGAUGACGUUGGCAGCGGCCGCGCUGCACAUAUCCGAGGAGUACGAAUGCCCAGUCACCCUGUCGCCACCCGAAGCCGCCCGGGGUGGUGAGCCGAAAUCCCGACCGCAGGCGAUGGAGCUGAAUCCCGCCGAGUGCCUCGCUCCGCCCCCGUCACGCAGCACCACGCCACACAUCACACGCAAGAAACUGGCCGUCUCCGUGACAAACAACCCGUCUCUGGCGACCGCCGGGGACGCGUUGUCCGACAACGAGAGUAUUGGCUAUGUGAAAGUCGACUGGGAGGAUCGCGACGUGCGCAUGCGUGAAGAUAGCAUCAGCGAUGAGACACCCCUGGCGUCCCUAACGUCGGGCGCAUCGUCGGACGUAGCAGCCGUCGACGGGAAGCGCCCGGUCUACGGGCGCAUUCGGGCGAAUGGCAGCCAGAAAAAGCCGGGAAAGUCGUCGCAGAAGCACACUCGGGCAAUCUCCCCAUUGGGCACGAGUCCAGGCAACGGGGGUGCUUCCACUAGUGCCAGCACAACGCUGGGUAGUAGCAACUUGAGCGCGGCGCUUCAACGUUACACAAGUAUCAUCGUGCGACGCCACAAGCACAACACUGCUGCCGCCGCCAACUACCACGAGGAGCCAACGCCGCAGCGACAAUCGACCGGCCCGCUCCGCCAAGCCAUGUCGUUUCACUCACUUUCGACCGGUUUUGCGGGUGCCAGCAACAGCAACAGUGCCACCACCGCCACCGCCAUCGCCACUCCCAGGUACAGCUCCAUGAAGAAGAUGCGUAGGGGCAAGGCGGCCAAGUCGGACGAGGUCAAGCGGUCUCCCAUGGACGGUCCUGGCUCCGCACAGUACGGUAACGUGGGCGAGGCCGCUCUACCGCCACCUCCGCUGCGCGCAGCGGGGAAAACCGGCAUCAGGGCGUCGCUAUCGAGCAUGGCUGCGAUCCAGCCUCUCGCUUCCGCAGGCACAGGUGCCGCCAACCCACCACCGAGCCCAACGUAUGCGCCGGCGAAGAGCUCAACGUAUGCGCCUGCGAAGAGCUUCAGGGGCGCGCAUUCUGGGGCCCGCAGCCUGGAUGCGGACGCAAUGAUAGGGUCGACAGCGUACGGGAUUCUCGACGAUGGCAGCAGUGGUGGUGCGGCAGGCACCAGUUCCGUCACCGGUAACAGUGUGUUUCGCGUCUCGACGACCGUGGACUUCCUCGACGACGGGUCCGGGGGUGAGGACGGCGGGGAAGAAGAUCCGUAUAUGAUAUACCGCUCGCUGCCUGCGCAGAGCGCCGAUGUGCUGUCGAAUGUCUGCAACUAUGGAUACAUCGCCAACCAAGCCCGCCACUAUCAGGAGAUCAAUCGACCCUUGCUGGAGUCUGCGCCUUCGUCAGCCGCCGUUUCUACCCUGUCCCGUCAGUCCAGCAGUACGCUGAGCUUAAACCUGAGCUCGCAGGCGGAGUCCGUCGACCCAGUGUCCCAGCUUGCUAAGGGCACGUGGGGAAUGGAGCCGCUGGCCAUCACUCAAGGCAGUACCUGCCCCAGCAGCAACGCAGAUGGCAGCUCCGAAGGCUCAUACAUUACGAUCCAGGAGAGCCGACACAGCGUGCUAGACUGUCCAGACACUUCCGCCAGUUCCAUCCUGCCGCCAGCAGCCAACAAAGGCAGAGAACUGCGUCUGGUGCCCAUCAUCUCGAAUCGCAGCGUUGACGACAUCCUCCAUGAGGAUCAGGAGUGGGCUGCACCGUCAGUCACCCUUGACACGUCGUCAGCGGCCGAAUCCAAUGCCCUCGGCCUUGCCCUGGACAUGUACUCCGAGCCGGUGUUUGCCCACCGACCGUGUUUGUCCGACAACCUUCGCCGGGCGUCUCUGCCCGAACUGCCGGGUGUGCCGUCAGCUGCAGCCCAGCCGCCGUUCAAAGUGCAAAAGCGCUCCUCGCUGGACGUUGUGCUUGAUAGUCUGGGCUUGUCGGCGCCAAAGCCAAACAACAACAACAACAACAGCAACCACAACAACAAUACUGCUGCUGCUGGGAGAUCCGUGUCGCAUCGCGUGUCGUUGCCAACCCUACCCGUGAUGGAAUGGAACAAAGGCAACUGUACGUAGCAUGUGACUAUGGGAGUGACAAGACCGUGUAUUGGAGACCAACACAGCUGUCCGCGAGGAGAAAAUGCCACGCUCCGCAACGUCAAUCUUCAAGGCAGAUCUCACUGUGCUGCAACCCUCAUCUCCAGAAAAAUGGUGGAGACUGUACGGGCUGAGCAUGCACGCUUGCUUGUGCACCGAACAUGCCCGUGUUGCCGGAGAGUACUGCGCUAGGCUAGCCUGUGCUGCCGACUCCUACAUGUGCAGAAUGUCUUGCGUGCAGAGCCCCCGUUGUAGUGCCGAUGUGUGCACACUCGUAGCAUGUGUGGUCAUUCUAGUACGCAUCGCGGACGGACGCAAUCUCCGGGCAUAUCGCGAAUAGCAGACUCACGAGGACGGAAUGCGAAUCUAACCUCGCCGCGGCCUGCGUUUUGAGCUGCCGUCACUGCGCGAAUUCUCUAGACCUGUAGCGAUGCAUGCAAAGAGGUGCCCAAGGUGUCGCUCUCUGUUCGCUUACGGGAUUGUCCGAGAACUGCCACCGGCUUAGUCUACAUACAUGUACAUACACAUCACAGCUUAUGGCAUGUAUUUUUUUUUAAUGGAUUGAAGCGCGGCUGCAUUGUUUGCAUGCAUAAAUGGAUAAGUCUCACUGUUACGAACAAUCCCUCCCCCCCCCCCACUCCACCUGUCCUUUUGUCUGAUGUGCUACACUCGUGGGGUUCGAACAAUUGAAGACGGAUUUUUCAGUCCACAUCGUUGUCUCUUAGUUUGUGUUUCAGCAGAACCGUCUACUUGUACUUGUACUACUUCGAUGCUUAAAAAAAAAGAUUUAAUCAGUGCAAGGGCCGGCCAUGCAGUGUCCAUAGAGCCAGUGCUGUCACCUGUAGUGCUCUCUAACAUUGUUGAUGAUGUGAUGUCCACCGUGACUGCAGCCGAAGAGCUGAUCCUCGGCUGCUCCCGGACACAGCGGCAGCUGCCCGCUACUCCUGCCCAGACCUUUCCCAGAGUAUGGUGUGUGCUUCGAGUAACACCGUAUCGACAUCUUUCCCUGUCCCGAAUGCAUUGAAUUCUUCCAGUAAAAACAAGUUCUGUGUUCCCUGUGAGGAUUACCGAUUCUUCAGCACCGAAAGUGCUGUGCACGAAUGGAAGAUCUGCUGUAACAAUGGAUGUAGUCAAUUGCUAGUGAUGUAUUGGGUUGCAUUCCUCUUGCUUGCACCUUUUUCUGUGUUAAACUCUAUCGAAGGACGGCUGAUAAUUAUUUUCUCCCACCGUAUUUGACUCAUUUUAAAACUCUAAGGGUUUUUUCUCACUUUUCUUAGACAUUGAUAAUUUCUUCUCUCUCUUCUCUAUUCCCAUUAAUGGUACUAUAGAUCUAGGAUACCUGUUUUGUGUAAGAAGAUACACCCUCUAUUGGCACGAGCAGAACUUUUUUUACCAUCACACAAGUUCUCUCUCUCUCUCUCUCUCUCUCUCUCUCUCUCUCUCUCUCUCUCUCUCUCUCUCUCUCUCUCUCUCUCUCUGCCUCGUCCUUCUCAGCGGGGACAGGUCACAGCAUCAAGUUUACUGCCUCAGACGCUUUCCUCCUCUACUUUCCAUAUGGGCAAGAGUGCAGCACAAUGCAUUUCUGGUUACAUGUAUACCGCACUUGCGUGCCUGUGAGCGCGUGUGUGUGUGUGUGUGUGUGUGUGUGUGUGUGUGUGUGUGUGUGCCUGUACAUGCUGUGAGACGUGUGCGAGAAAGUAAAUCUAACGUUUUAAAAUGAAUGACAUUUCUACGUUAUGAUAAUAAAUUCUGUUGAGGCUGUAAUGCCUCAUAUGUGUUAUGUGCAGCUAUGCCGGAAUAGUGAAUUCUGGUUAACUGAUCUUCUCGUUAAAGUCUGAAUUUUGGACAAUUGUU